UCCUUUGUCGCGUCGCGGUGGGGAAAUCCUCCUCGCAAGCGGCUGAGAUCUCUCUCUCACUCCGCCUCCUGUAAUACGAUCGAUCAGCUGAAAAGCCAUCAGAACCCACGCUCCUCUCUGUUCACUUCUUCUGGUGCACUUUAAUUCAUCCAGCUGAACGCAAGAAACGCGCGCGAGGAUGCGGGCGAUUCCGUCAGAACGCAGUCCUUUCUCGGUCUCCGCUCUCCGUGGAGUGGCUGUAUGUUUGUCCAUGUGGACGUGCGCGGUCCGGUGUGGGAGCGUCGCUUGUUCUCCGCCCGCGGCGUCAGUGCAGGAGCUCGCGCGCCGCUCAGGGGUCGUGUUUGAGGGGAAGCUCCAGGAGGGAGAGCGUGCAGAGCGGAACUGGACUGAAACGCGGGGUGAGUCGCCGGUCAACGUGUCGCGGCAGGUGCGCAUCAGAGUGCAGCAGGUGUGGCAGCUGAAGGCGGGAGGGCUGCUCAAGGACUCUGUGGUGUCUCUCAUCUGGUUUGAAGGUGGCAGGUGUUUCCAGCUCAACACCGGGAUCCGGUACAUGUUCUUUAUGGAACCCACAAAUGACACGUCCGUGUUCACGGCAGUUUUCCCGCCGGUGGAGACCAAGCGCACCGUGAGGAAGAAUGUGAGUCAGGUGCUCUGUCAGGACUGCGCGGAACCCAAGUUAAAGGACCUGCGGAGCGUGACAGUGGAGGAUGGAAAAAAGACCGUACUGAAGUGUGAGAUUGUGGCGGGAAAUCCAGCUCCCAGCAUUAAGUGGUACAAGAACGGAAAAGAACUCGCAGGCAAAAACAAACCCAAAGGCAUAAAGAUUAAAAAAAAGAAACAGGGGAAAAUAUCUGAACUGUUGAUCAGGAAGUCCACAGAAGCAGAUGCUGGUUUAUACACCUGUGAGGCAGUCAACAACCUUGGAAAAACAAAUACUACAGCAAGCCUAACCAUCAGGAAAACGGCCACCAGCACCACUCCCUCAGCCAAGACCUCUAGUCAUGUGACGCGCUGCAGCGAGAGCGAGAGGAACUACUGCGUGAACGGCGGCAAAUGCUUCACGCUGGAGGUCACACCCGGCAACAUCAGACGCCUCUGCAGGUGCCUUCCAGGAUACACAGGGAACCGCUGUCAAACCACAGACCCUGUGAGAGUCAUAGACCCCAAACGUAUGUGCAGUCAGUUGGCAUUGACUUUGGCUUCUCACAGCUGGAGUAAUGGGAAAGCAGAGAGUGUGGUUUCUGACAGUCACGCAGUCCUGGUCAAGUCAUCGGUGGAGAACUGCCGGCACGGUACGUCCGGUCACAGGGGGCGUCUGAAUGCUACCGGAGGAGUCCAUCAGCUCAACGAUCACCUGAAGAGCUCCAGAGAAACCCAGGGCUCCUGCAGAGACUCCCCCUACAGCCAGAGGUAUGUUUCGGCCAUGACUACACCCAGCUGUCUGUCCCCUGCGGGGCUUCUCUCUCCAGCGACGGCCUCCUCGCCUCCCUCCGAGAUGUCGGCUCCUCUGUCCAGCCUGGCGACCUCCGUUCCUUCCAUGGCAGCGAGUCCCUCGGGGGAGGAGGAGCGCCCCCUGCUGUUCCGGACCCCGCCGAUCCUGCGUGAUAAAUCCGGUCUGAAUCAGUCAGGCCAUAACCUCCGCAACUCGGCUCACUACAAUCACGGCCUGGAGCUGCCCAGCCCUGCGGCCAGCCCUCUGCACAUUGUGGAGCAGGAGGAGAGUGCACAGCAGUACCAAAGCACAGCCGCAGCGUCCCCCCCACACAGCCCCACUGCAGGCCACCGUAGCUCAAGAACUCAGCCGAGUGGCCAGACGGCGCUGGAGCCGGUCAGCGGCAGUAACUCAGAGAGCAGCAGCUCAGAGAGCGAGACUGAGGAGGACACUCCGUUUCUGGGCUUACAGAACUCUCUGGCCGCUGGAUCAGUUGUUGUGGACGGGCUGGAGGGCAGCAGAACUAACCCCGUGCUGCACCUCUCGCCGCAACACGACCUGCAGAGCAGACUGACGGCCGUCAUGGCCAACCAAGAUCCUAUAGCUGUGUGAAAGAUGCAUCGAAGAAACAAAUCACCACUAAACCUUUAUUUUCUAUAAUUAAGUAUUGCAAAAAGAAAAACGUCAACUUUUAUUUUAGUGAUGUAGUGAAACAAAGACUUUUAUAUAUGUGUGUACAACGUUUGCGUCAUGGAAAAAAAGUGCCAUUCACAUGUAGCUGAGGUCACAGUAUUUCAAUGGCAGAAAAAAUAUAAUCAAUGGUGCCUUUUAAUUUACGUUGAAGAAAAGAGGACUGCAUCAUGACACUGGGCCAUAUAUUCAUGACUUUAAGGCAACAA